AUGAGCGCACCUCAACCUUCUCCGCCUCCGGGUGGCCGACCGAACGGCGCCCCUCGCCCAGCUGCCAAUCCUCUUCGACCAAACCGUCCAAAGCCGAAGCCCUCUAGCAUCUUCGCGCCCAAGUUGAACGCCAAAUCCCAUCGACCGGGAACUGUCAACGAACGCGUGUCGACAAAGUCCACGUCCCUGCAGCAAGGACGUCGGGAGACCAACGGCUGGUCUGAGCCAGCUCCACAAGACGUGCGGGAAUUCCCAAUCUUCACGACGAAAAAGGCUCUAUUAGACGGCGUUCGCAUGCACUUGAUGAGGAUGCAUGUCGACUCGCAGGCUUCUGCCGUCGACCCGACCGAUCAGGCGCAAUUCGCACGCCCAGUGACUCUGCACCGCCGCGAUCCUAGACAACCUGCGGCUGCGCGUACGGUCAAGACUGAGGAGCCCGUACGUGAGCCAGUCGACCAGGCGGAGAUUGAGGCGCAAGAACAGCUCAAGGCGGAGAGGGAGGCGCAAAAGGCCAUUGAUCAAGCCAAAAUCGCACCGGUGGUCCGUGAGCCUACUAAGCCUCGGAAGAAGGUGAAGGAGGAGAAAACUCAGAUCUUCCGCACGCACAAGUCGGAGGCAGCCAAGAAGGAAGCCGAACUGAGAUAUGAGGAAGCUCUGCCAUGGCAUCUGGAAGAUGCAGAUGGCACGAAUGUCUGGGUGGGCCAGUACGUCUCUGCUCUUGCACACACUCACGUUUCCUUCCAUGUCGAAGGACAUGCCAUGCGAAUGCUGCCGGUGGAGAAAUUCUACAAAUUCGUGUCCAAACCCAAUCAUAAAACAUUCAGCAUUGAAGAAGUUGAACAGCUAUUGGACAAAAAGAAGAUGAUGCCAAAUCGAUGGAUCAUGAUGGGUGCUGGACAGAGACAGGAGGAACAGGACAAGAAGGAGACGCGAGACCUGCUGGGCGGCGGGCGUCGUAUGAUCAAGACAGAGAGCAGCACAUUCCGAGCAGCGUCCCGAGCUGAGAAGAUGGAGCAUGACGAUCUAGACGUCUCCGGGGAUGAGUUCCAGGAUGAUGACGAGACUACUACAUUUGAACGCAACAAUAACGACGAAGAUGAGAAAGAAGCCAAGGAACGUAUCCGUCGCGAUCAGCUCGGCGCCAUCGCCUUUGGUGAAGCGGAUGAGCGCGAAAUGCAGAAGGAGCUGAAAGAGCUUGAGGCGGAAGCAAAGCAACUCAAGGAGUUUGGCAAGUCCACCAAGAAGGCUUUGAUUAAGCGGGACCAGAACCGCAUCUAUGCAAGCGACGACUCUGAGGAGAAUCCGUGGGGCAGCAGCGAGGAGUCGAGCUCAUCAGAAGACGAGGAAGACGACAAAGUGAAGAAGGAGGAUGAUGCCGAAAAAGACAAAUCGGGCAGCAGAAAAACAAGCCCCGGAAAGGCCAAGCCCGCAGAUGCCGGCAAACUUAAGAAGUCGCAGCGAGCAGGUUCCCCAGCAAUGUCGGAGUCCAGCGGAAACGAGUCUACACGGAACAAGAAGCUCAAGGCUGUUGCUAGCUCGGGCAAAAAUCUGAACAGUCGUGCCAGCACUCCUUCUCUUCAGCAGAAGGCUGCCAAACGGAAGGCCCAACCCGGAGCUGGCUCUGGAAGUGACGGAGAGGCUACAGCCGGUGAAAUGUCAGACGGUGCGGGGCCUAAGAAGAAGCUCAAGCUCAAGCCUGGCGUUAGCAGCCGAAUGGGAACUCCCACUGCGUCCCGUGCUGGGAGCCCCAGUCCGCCACGCGCUGGCUCCCCUAGUUCUGGCCCCAUCACGCCGGCUGAGAUUUUGGCGCUCAUCCCCGACCAAGGUAUCCUGAUCGGCGAGCUCAUUCAGCCAUUCAAGAACCGGCUCGGUGAAGGUCCCGGUCAGAUGCCUAGAAGCGAAUGGCUUAACAUGGUGAAGACGGUUUGCCGCUACGUCGACGGGCCGGAUGGCAAAAAGCGCCUUCACAAGAAAUGA